AUCAUCUCUCCUUAUCAUUUGCUCUUAUCAUCAGCUGAGAGGUGACUGAGAGUGUAAUAAGCGAAGCAGAGAAGCUGGUAAUAUCAUCCAUGAAAGGAAACGAUGCAUCUCAUGAUGCUUCACAUGUUUUCAGGGUUAGAGACCUUGCUCUCUCUUUAGCAAAAGAAGAAGGUUUAUCCUCUUCCCUUGAUCCCAUGGAAAUUGUUGAACUUGCUGCGCUUCUCCAUGAUAUUGGAGACUACAAAUAUGUGAGAGAUCCUUCUGAAGAAAUGAUUACUGAGAGGUUUCUUGAGGCAGAGAAUGCUGAGGAGAGCAAGAGGCAAAGAAUACUAAGUAUCAUAAAAGGAAUGGGAGACUACAAAUAUGUGAGAGAUCCUUCUGAAGAAAUGAUUACUGAGAGGUUUCUUGAGGCAGAGAAUGCUGAGGAGAGCAAGAGGCAAAGAAUACUAAGUAUCAUAAAAGGAAUGGGUUUCAAAGAGGAGCUUGCGGGUAACCAAAGUGCUGAAUUUUCUCCAGAGUUUGGUGUCGUCCAAGAUGCUGACCGUCUUGAUGCAAUUGGAGCUGUUGGAAUUGCACGAUGCUUCACAUUUGGUGGAAGUAGGAGCCGUGUAUUGCAUGACCCUAACAUUCAUCCACGAUUACAUUUAUCGAAGGGGCAAUAUAUGAAUAAAACCGAGCAGACUACUGUCAAUCAUUUUCAUGAAAAGCUACUUAAGCUGAAGGACUUGAUGAAAACAAAGGCUGGGCAGAGAAGAGCAGAAAAAAGGCACAAGUUCAUGGAGGAGUUCUUAACAGAGUUUUAUGAAAAGUGGGAUGGAAGAUCUUAAACAAGGGAGAACAAAUUUAUGCUACAAUUUUUCACCGGAGGAGGACCGUAAUCAUCUGUGAAGCGCAAAGAGCGCAAUUGAUAAAUAGUUGUGGUCUGGUGGCCGAAGCUUUCGGCAUAAAUACCAACUGGUAUUACACUCUGAAGUGUAAAUCAUGUUGAUGCUUCCAUUUUGUAUAAAUUUAUAGCUGAUAUAACUAAUUUGUUUGCUAGCUAAUUGUGGUUUUAGAUACUGGAUAAUGUUUAUACCACCUCGAACGGAUAUCGUCUACCUAUUAGACUAUUGACUGGAGCUGGGGAACCUUGGAAGGAAUAGUUUCCUUCUGGCUUCAUGUUAGAAAAUAUUUUAGAGUUUGUACCA